UGUAGGUGAAACGGGAUCUCUAAGGAGACUGCUCGCGAGUAUCUAUCCGGUUGUUUGUUCUUUUUCAGUUCUGAUGUUGUUUACCGACUGACACACAUGGGCUGUGUCAUUUGGCAAACAACGCGCUGAUUAACCGUCCCCGCCUACAUCUACACCUCGUGCAGCCUCGUCUGCUUUCUUUCCGAACGUCUUCCUCACGCGCAUCCAUCCAUCUUUCCUCGCAUCAGCGCUCUCGUGCCUGCCGCCCCCACUGCUAUGAAGGAAACCGUUCCCGUUUCGCCGCAUUCUCACACGUCGCCCCACCUGCGCAUCUCGAGAAUCCCACGGUUUGACACGGCGGAGGUUAAAUAGGUGAAAGCUCUGUUUACCGGGAAAUAUGUUGCUAAGAGAAAAUGUGAGCGAGGAGAAGCGCGCUGGGUGAGAGAAUCAGCGGGACAGGCUCGAGCAGGGGGACGGUAGCCUAAUUCACCGUGAAUAAUGCGCAUUUGCCGCAGGCUCUGGCAUCGUGAAACCGGAUCCCACCUGGCGACGGAUGGGGUGACUCCAGCGCCGGGGAGGUCCCAACCUCCAACCGUUACCGGGGAGGGUCCCCGGUCCCGUUGCUAAGAACGGGCAGCAAGAGGGGGAAAGAAAGAAAAUGCAGUCUGAGGAGACUGCAACCGGACAUGAGCCCAUACUGGACGGACAGGACGGGACAGGGAGAGAACAGCAGCGUCCUGUACAGCAGUCCCUCCCGUCCUCCCUGUGUCGGGAGUCUCACUGGAAGUGUGUCCUGCUGACGCUACUGAUGUCUGCCUGCUUCAGCACGCUGGCCUGGUGCUCCUACUGCCGCAUCCCUGUCCUCUCCCCCUCCUCCCCCUCCUCCCCCUCCUCCCCCUCCUCCCCCUCCUCCUCCUCCGCCGCCGCCUUCUACUAUGACGACUUCCUGCGUGUGGAGCGCCCGUGCGCCAGCGGCUACGUGUACGCCCCCCUGGCGUUCCUGGCCAUGCUGUACGUGCUGUACCUGGUGGAGUGCUGGCACUGCUACGCCCGUGUGGCGGUGCUGGCCCGCGCCGACACGGCCGAGGUGUACGAGCGCGUGCAGCGCCUGCAGCAGGCCACGCCCUGCAUCUGGUGGAAGGCCAUCAGCUACCACUAUGUCAGGAGGACCAGGCAGGUGACGCGCUACCGCAACGGGGACUCCUACACUACCACUCAGGUGUACCACGAGCGCGUCAACACUCACGCCUCCAGCUCAGAGUUCGACUUCACCCGCUACGGCGUCCGCGACGUCUCCAAGCACCUCCAGGGUCUCCAUGACUACCCCGCCGUGCGCCUGCGCUUCACCAAGUGCUUCUCCUUCUCCUCCGCCCGCGCCGAAGCAGCCUACCUCACCCAGAGGGCGCGCUUCUUCGGCGAGAACGAGGGGCUGGACGACUACAUGGAGGCGCGCGAGGGCAUGCACCUGAAGAACGUGGACUUCCGGGAGCACGUCCUGUCGUUCCCCGAGGCGGCGCGCCGGCCCUGGUACUCCAGACACAGGGUGUUCUGGCUGGCCUCCGCCCUCCUACUGUCCUGGCCGCUCAGGGUGGUGUCGGAGCGCCGCACCGCCUACGUCCACUACCACGUGGAGAAGCUGUUCGGGGAGGAGGAGGACGGGGGGGCGGGGGGGGCGGGAGGAGGGGCGGGGGACGGGAGCGAGGCAGGGCCGGAGGGCGGGGGAGGAGGGGCAGACGGGGGGGUGAGCAGGGGGAGCUACAGUGCGAUCUCCAGGGUGAACACGGUCGACAUGACAGAGCUGGAGUGGCACAUCAGGUGCAACCAGCAGAUGGUGCCGUCCUACUCUGAGGCCCUGCUGAUGGACCUGGACCAGGGGGGGGGAGGGGGGGGUGAGACUAGCGCCACCACCGCCUCCUCCACCCCGGGCGCUGGCGUGGUGGGCGGAGUCAUCCCCGGGCCCCUCCCGGCCGUGUUUAGCUCCGCCUACCUGCUCCAGAGCUGCCCGCGCUGUCGGAGGACCACCUCCUCCUCCUCGCUGCCCUCGCGGCUCCGCGCGCCCUCGGGGACCACCGCCAUCCUCAACGCCACGGUGGCCAGCAUGAGGGCCCACGCCCAGGGGGGAGGCGGGGGGGGAGGAGGAGUCGGGGGGAGGCUGGUGCUGAGCCGUAGCGGCUUCUCUCUGGGCCGGCUGGGGGGAGGGGCGAGGCCUGGGAGUCUGUUUCACUCACGCAGCAUGGGGGGAGGACUGGGAGGAAGGGGGGAGGAGGGUGGGGGAGGAGGGGGAGGGUUUCUGGGGUUAGGGUCCAGACAGGAUGACGAAGAGAGCAGAGGAGUGCUGGAAGGAGAGGGGGAGGGGGAGGAGGUGAGGGAGGACGGGGGGGAGAGGGGGGAGGAGGCGAGGGAGGAGGUGGAGAGCCCCCCAGACUACCAGGAAGCCUUCUUCUUCCCGGUGUUGAUCGUCCACGGAGAGGAGAGCUGCCACUCUGGACACGUCCUGUGAUGGACACGUCCUGUGAUGGACAGAACAACAGAGGACAAGGGAGGAAAUAAGAGAGAAUCUGAGAUGAACAUGACAUUCACAGACGGAGAGAGAGAUAGAGAUACUUUCAGCAAAGGAAAGUGAACGCGUAUGGAAUCGUGUGAGCAAGAUGUAAAGGAGAGAGAGAGAAGAGAGGUUUCAGACAAAAAAUAUAUCAAUGUAAAAAAGGAGGUUUAAGACUAGAAACAUUUCAGACAUCUAUGCAAAGAUAAGAGUGGCAGAGAAAGACCAAAUAUAGGAGGAGGAAGAGAGGGAAGAGGAGGGCCUUAGAUGAGAGGAGAGAGAGGGGAGAGGAGAGGAGGAGGACUGAGACAGAAGGAUGGAAGUCGCUUGUCUUCCACGGCUCCGAGAGGAACUCUACAUCGAACUCCAGAGGAGAGAAGAAGAGAGGAGAGAAGGAGAGAGGAGAGAAGGAGAGAAUGAGAGAGGAGAG